AGACACAUGGAACCCCCAAAUCAAACAGAUAUUUCAAAGUUUAUCCUCCUGGGACUUUCAGAAGAUAUGGACCUGCAGCCCUUCCUCUUUGGACUGUUCCUUUACAUGUACCUGCUCUGUGUUAUAGGCAACCUACUUAUUAUUCUUGCUGUCCGCUCAGACUCCAAUCUCCACACCCCCAUGUACUUCUUCCUCUCUAACUUGUCAUUGACUGACAUCUGUUUCACCUCCACCACGAUCCCUAAGAUGCUAGUGAACAUCCAGACACAAAGCAGCAGCAUCACCUAUGAAGACUGCCUUAUCCAAAUGUAUUUUUUCAUGGUUUUUGCUGGACUGGAAAAUAUGCUACUGACAGUGAUGGCCUAUGACAGAUAUGUGGUUAUCUGCCACCCUCUUCGCUAUAUGAUCAUCAUGAAUCCUCGCCUCUGUUGUCUCCUGCUUCUGAUUUCUUGGUUUAUCUGCCUGAUAUACUCUUUGCUGCAAAUUUUAUUAGUUUUAAGGGUCUCCUUCUGCAGAGAGACAGAAAUCCCCCACUUCUUUUGUGAGCUUGCUCAAAUCCUCAAGCUUGCCUGCUCUGACACCUUUUUAAAUGACAUUCUGCUAUACUUUGUAACUUGCCUGCUGGGUGUUAUUCCCCUGACUGGGAUCCUUUUUUCUUAUUCUAGAAUUAUUUCCUCCAUAAUGGGAAUUUCAUCCACCAGAGGGAAGUAUAAAGCAUUUUCCACCUGUGGAUCUCACCUCUCUGUUGUCUCCUUGUUCUAUGGUGUGGGGCUUGUGGUCUACUUCACUUCUAGAACAGCUCAUCCCUCCAGAAAAGGCUCAGUUGCCUCAGUGAUGUACACUGUGGUCACCCCUAUGCUGAACCCCUUCAUAUACAGCCUGAGGAACCAGGACAUAAAGGGGGCUCUAAGGAAACUUGUCAGUAGAGGAGUUUGCUAUCAAUGA